AUAAUUUCUCGUUCUCUUCGUCCUGGUUUCACUACCCUUGAAUAUUAUUUGCCCUUCGCUGUCCCGAAUAAUUACGAUUCUACCCCACGGGUUAUGAUAGCUGCCGGAGAUCGGGAACCUGAGAGCCUCCGCUCCUCCCCCGCUCUCGGCUUCCCUCGCCUCAGGUUCUUCCGCUACCGCCGCUUGAGGUAGUUCUCUCAAUCCAAUUCCUUCUACAUAUACACAUAUAGAUUCAUAUAUAUAUAUAUACGAUGCCGAACUCGAAGAGUCACCGGAGGGGACAAGAGGAGAAGAACAGGAAGGGGAAGCUGGCGGAGAAAGCGUCGUCGUUUCACGGCCGAAGUGGAGGGGCCAUGGGAGAGCAACUUAUAAGGCCGAGGACGGUGCCGGAGUUGCUGGUUAGUAAGAGUGUAGUCGGCGGUGGUGUUGUGGCGGAGGGACGGCCGUUGAAGCUGACGAAGUUGUUGCUGAACGUGACGAUUCAGCGGAGCCUUGGGGCUGUGCAGGUGAUCAUGUCGCCGGAAUCGACCGUCGGUGAUUUGAUUGCGGCGGCGAUGCGGCAGUAUGUGAAGGAAGGAAGACGGCCGAUCUUGUCCUCCACCGAUUCCUCCAGUUAUGGCCUCCAUUAUUCGCAGUUUAGCUUAGAAAGUUUAGACCGGGAUGAGAGGCUCAUGGAGUUGGGAUCGAGAAAUUUCUUCCUCUGUCCAACAAGCGGUGGCGGUGGCAGUAGCAGCAGCGGCAGCAGCGGUAGCGUUGAAUGUGGCGUGGCCACAUCGUCCACUUCGUGUUCUAAACAAGCCGAGAAAGCAACCAAGAUUGGGCUUCCUUGGCUCAAGUUCUUCUGAAUUCAUUUUUAGCCAUUUUGCAGUUUUCUUUACAAUUAUGUUUUUAUUUUUUAUUUUUUUUAUUUGUGUGGGUUCAUUUAGCUCUGUCAAAGCCUUGUGAAAACUAAGGUUUGAAAUUAGACUUGUAUAAUUAGUUAAAAGUUGGGUAGGAUGAAGAACAUGAUGAUAAUAUCUAGUGUCCUAUUACUGGGCUUGCAACUUGCAGAAUUCAUGGAGAUGGGGAAGAGGAUGUAAUCUUUGAAUUUUUAGUGUGGUGGGGACAUUCAUCCCUCUGUAUAUAUGUAUAUGUAUCUCCAGCUAUGCUGCAUUAAUUGGGAAUAGGACAUUUUAUGAAAUA